GCCAUCCAUUUUUUGGAUGCAGUUACUUAUCGUUCUACAUCAUGCUGGCCUACUUGUUAGCGGUUAUUGUCGCUCUCUUUUACUACUAUGCUAUAAGACCCAUGAGUUAUUGGAGACGAAAAGGAGUGAUAUCAGAGGAUGGUAAUUGGCUUUUUGGGAGCCAAUUUAGAUUAAUUUUUAAAUUGGAAAAUGCCUACGAGACUUUGCAACGAAUCUAUCAACUAGCUCCAAACGCAAGGUAUAUAGGAAAGUAUGAACUUACAAAACCAGUUUUAAUGAUAAAAGAUCCAAAGCUUCUAAAACAAAUCACUGUGAAGGAAUUUGACCAUUUUGCCAAUCAUAAACCAUUUAUACCUGAAGGAGUUGAUCCACUCUGGUCAAAUAAUCUGAUUGCACUUAAAGAUGAACGAUGGAAAGAAAUUAGAUCAGUACUUAGUCCUUCUUUCACUAGCAGCAAGAUGAAGACGAUGUUUGACCUUAUGACUGAAUGCUCGAAAAACCUCGUAAAACAUUUCUCGGAAAGAAAUGAAAAAAUCAUUGAAAUUAAUACAAAAGACGUAACUUCCAGAUUUGCCAAUGAUAUAAUUGCUUCCACCGCUUUCGGUGUCGGUACAGAUUCUUUAAACGAACCCAAUAACGAGUUUUACUUGAUGGCCGGCAAUCUUACCAAUAUUACCACAUUAUGGAUGAAUAUAAAGUUAGCUGGAUUUCUAUUAAUGCCAAAAUUAUUGUCGCUAUUCCACGUCAACUUUUUUAAUGGUCCUGCACGAAGAUUCUUUACUGAUAUUAUAGAAAGUACCAUUAAAGCCAGGGAAGAACGGAACAUAAAACGCCCAGACAUGAUAAAUCUUCUACUCCAAGCUAAGCACGGUAACAAGAAAAAAGACGAAAUUAAAGCAAAUCACGAAGAAAACAAUGCACCCAUCACCAAUGGAGACAUAGCCUCUCAUGCCCUUACCUUCUUCUUGGGAGGUUUCGAUUCAGUUUCCAACACGAUGUGUUUCAUCGCUUAUGAAUUAGCAACGAAUCCAGAAGUUCAAAGACUACUAAGGAUAGAAAUCGAUCUAGCAUUCAUGAUAUGUAAUGGAAAUUUGACUUAUGAAGUGUUGACCACGAUGAAAUAUUUUGAUGCGGUUAUUUCAGAGGGUUUAAGAAAAUGGCCCAAUUUUCCGGAGACUGACAGAGAGUGUAGCAAAGACUUUGUCAUCGAACCGGAAAGUCCAGAUGAGGAACCAUUACACAUAAAGGCUGGAAUGGCCGUAUCAUUCCCAGUGAUGUGUUUUCACAAAGACCCCAAAUACUUCCCAGAUCCAGAACGCUUCGAUCCUGAGAGAUUCAGCGACGAGAACAAACACAAAAUAGAUCCUUACACUUACUUUCCGUUUGGACUAGGUCCCAGGAAUUGCAUUGGCUCGAGGUUCGCUACACUUGAGAUGAAGAUUUUGUUCGCUCAUUUGCUGCAUCAUUUUGAAAUUGUCCCCAUUGGGAAAACCAAAAUUCCUGUGCAGAUAGAAAAAGGCAGCUUUAAUCUUCAGCCUUCUGAUGGUAUGCCUUUAGGAUUAAAGCCAAUAAAGAAGAUAAUUUGAGAAUGUUUUUGUGUGAAUGUUUCUUGUUAAAUAAAACUU